AUGUCAUCAGAAUAUCAAGGUUUAUUAAACAGCAAAGAUCGUGAAGAUGAAAGUAAUGGAGCUCAUUUAGCUGAGAAGGUUGAAAAGGGGGGAGAACAAAUUGAAAAUACUUUAAUGAAAUUAAAUGUAAGAUAUCAAACAUUAUUCUUUUCAUCUGGUGUUAUGACCGUUUUUUGUGGUACUAUAUCAUUAUUAGAAUCCUUGAGAUAUUUUUAUUUUACUAAUUUUGUAGUGUCUACAUUUUUAAUAACUAUGGGUUUAAUAAUGAUGAUAUUAGAUAUACCAGGAACCCCAAGAUGGGCCUCAAAACAUAGAAUAAUGAUAAGAAAAUACAUCAAAUUUUUAACCAGAUUAACUGGGAAAUCCGUUUGGUUUUUCUUUUUAGGGUCCAUGUCAUGCUUAAAUUUAUGGCCACACAGCAAACAUGUAAGUUUGUUUAGAUCAUUCUGGGUUAUUUUAUGCAGUAGUUUUAUUUUGACUGUUGCAGUAGUUGGGUUUUUAAUAGCUUUAAGAAAAUCCUUAAGAUUGGAAAAAUUAAAAAAAACGAUAAAAUUAGUUUCGAAAGGAGCUUAUAUUGAUUGUUAUAGAAAAUACAGUGUAGCCGAUCCUGAUCACGGGAUGCAAUUUGAAGAAUUCAACAGAAUGUGCUCAGAUCAUACAAAUGGAUAUAUUUAUUUUGACUUUUUAGAUUUAUUUAUUAUUUUUAAUGCUUUGGAUGAACAUCAAAAAUGUUCUAUUAAUGAAAGAGAAUUUUUAGAAUGGAUCAAUGGACCAGUCACAUAUUUAUAA